CUUCCCGCUGCAGCGUCACGUGACUCCCUCUCGGGUGACGGGGCUAAGGGUCGGCAGAGCCCGCUUCCCUCCUGCCGCCGCACCAUCGAGCCUGAGGAGGUCUGUUUCAGAGCGGCCCGGGGUGGGCGACGCUCCGGCGCCCGAUUUCCGGCACCUCUAAGACUCUCGCGCCCGACCGGUGGUUCCGGGGCGGAAGUGGCGCGCGCGUCCCGCCUUCGACCGUUCAAGAUGGCGGCGAGGCCGAAGAGGCGAGGAGCCGGGGGUACAGCGUAGAAACCGCUGCCCCGCAACGAGGCAGAGGAGCUCGGCUCCCGCCCUUCAGAGGGGUGUCUUUUUUUUUUUUUUUCCCCUGUUUUAAAGAAACAAUAAAAAAAAAUUGGUCAAAAUGGGGCGGAGAUCAACCUCCUCCACCAAGAGUGGGAAGUUCAUGAACCCUACAGACCAAGCUCGAAAGGAGGCCCGGAAGAGGGAGCUGAAGAAGAACAAGAAGCAGCGGAUGAUGGUACGAGCAGCUGCUAAGAUGAAAGAUCCCAAACAGAUUAUUCGGGACAUGGAAAAAUUGGAUGAGAUGGAGUUUAACCCAGUACAGCAGCCACAACUUAAUGAGAAGGUGCUGAAGGACAAGCGUAAGAAGCUGCGUGAGACCUUUGAGCGAAUUCUGCGGCUCUACGAAAAGGAGAAUCCUGACAUCUACAAAGAACUGCGCAAGCUGGAAGUGGAGUAUGAGCAGAAGAGAUCACAGCUCAGCCAAUACUUCGAUGCUGUCAAGAAUGCACAACAUGUUGAGGUGGAGAGUAUACCCCUGCCAGACAUGCCUCAUGCCCCCUCCAACAUCCUUAUACAGGACAUCCCCCUACCUGGGGCUCAACCACCUUCUAUCCUCAAGAAAACAUCAGCCUAUGGCCCUCCAGUCCGGCCCAUUUCUGUACUUCCACCUCCUGGACUUGGUGUUCCACGGUUACCCCCAGGUCGGAAGCCCCCUGGACCUCCUCCAGGGCCUCCCCCACCCCAAGUCCUACAGAUGUAUGGCCGUAAAGUGGGCUUCACUUUAGAGAUGGCCCCUUGGAGGCGAGAGGAAGAGAUUUCUUACAGUCCUGACAUAGGUCAGCGAGGGCACGAUGAUGAUGCCUCCAGUACCAGUGAAGAUGAAGGGUAUCCUGAGGACAUGGAUCAAGACAGGCAUGAUGACAGUAGUGAUGACAGUGAUAGUGACAGAUCAGAUGCAGACAGCGAAGGUGAUGAAUUCCUGCAUCGUGACAAUGAAAAUGAAAGGGAGGGUGAAGACAAGAAAUCAGGGCUUAGUGUGCGGUUUGCUGACAUGCUGGGAAGCACGAAAAAGAAAAAGAACAUGAAGGAACUGACUCCACUUCAGGCUAUGAUGUUGCGAAUGGCAGGUCAGGAAAUCCCUGAGGAAGGGCGAGAAGUGGAGGAAUAUUCGGAAGAGGAGGAAGAGGAGGAUGAGGAUGAUUCUGAAUCUGAAGAGACACCACAGCAGCAACGGAAGGAGGAGUCUCGUACAGAGACUGGGUCAUCAUCUACUACACCCUCUCAGCCACAGCAACAGCAGCAACCACCACCACAGCCUGUUCCUCCAACUCAGAUACAGGCACCGCCCAUGACUGGGCCUCCCCCUCUGGGACCACCUCCUGCCCCUCCCCUGAGGCCUCCAGGACCACCUACUGGUCUUCCUCCUGGUCCUCCACCAGGGGCUCCUCCAUUCCUGAGACCUCCAGGAUUGCCAGGUCUUCGUGGGCCUCUUCCACGACUCUUACCACCAGGGCCUCCUCCUGGUCGGCCCCCUGGUCCACCACCAGGCCCACCUCCAGGACUGCCACCUGGCCCACCCCCACGUGGACCCCCACCUCGUUUGCCACCUCCAGCACCACCAGGUAUCCCUCCCUCCUCGUCCAGGCAUGUUGCGUCACCUCUGGUGCCUCCACCAGGACUUUUCCCGCCGGCUCCCAUUCCAAACCCAGGAGUGCUGAGUGCCCCACCCAGUCUGAUCCAGCGCCCCAAGGCGGAUGACACCAGUGGAGCUACCAUUGAGAAGAAAGCCACAGCCACAAUCAGUGCCAAGCCGCAAAUUACCAACCCCAAAGCAGAGAUCACCCGCUUUGUGCCCACUGCCCUGCGAGUGCGCCGUGAGAAUAAGGGGGCUUCUGCUGUCUCCCAGAGAAAACACGAUGAUGAGCCUGCUCUCCAAUUAACCAAAUACCCUAAGGUUGGCUCCUCUGCCCCUGUCUCUGUGCAGACUAAGGAUGAUGUGUAUGAAGCCUUCAUGAAGGAAAUGGAGGGGCUACUGUGACGUAUCCUCAUCCCAGUCAACCGUCCUACCUGCUGAGCUCAAAUCAGACUACUGUAUGGUGGGGAGGUGUAUUUCCUGUAAUAGACCCAGUCACUGAAGGAGACCAUCCCCCUGCCCCAUCUUCAGUGUGUGUGGGGAGGGGGGUUGGGUGAUGGAAUAUUCCACCUACCCACAGGUUAACUUAUCAACAGGCUCUGAAUAGAGACCAUUGCAGUCAGGUUCUGGUGGGGGCCUUCCUUUCAGAGCCAGAAUUGCCACUUCUGUCCUCUUUGCGGGAGGAGACUAAAAUCUAGAAAUGACACUAUGAUGGAACCUUUCUUGGGUCUUUCUUCUAUUUUGCGGGACACUGGUACUGAAAGAGGAAUGUGUCUGGCACUCCCACUGGAACCUUUUCACCCUCUGAAUGCUUUGGGUAGGGUGCUAGAAUAAACUCCUGAGGUACUGGAAAUACGUUGGCAACAUUUCAUACACACACCUGGUCAUUAAGUUUUUAUGUUCCAUUUUGGUUGUCUUUUGUAAAUAUUUUGUAAUACUGUGUUUUUAGUUGCAGUGAGAUGAUUGAUCACUUCCUGCCAGGGGGUUAUCAAAAAGGUAUUUUGCUGCAUAUACUUUAUGGGAGUUUUACACCCUGUCCCCUCCAGAGUCAACUUGUUGGCUUCCUGCUUACAGGGAAGACUUCAGUGUGUCUCAUGAAACAAUAAAUGUUUGAUGUACUAAAA